AUGAAAGAAUUCAAUAUAAAGAGGCAUUACUCAACUAAGCAUGCUACGCUCCACUCACUGACAGGACAAUUAAGAACAGAAAAAAUCCAGAAGUUUACCACAAAUUUGGAAAAACAGCAACAAAUGUUUCAUAAACAAAGAACACAACUUGAUAAUGUUGUGAAAGCUAGUUUUAUACUUAGCUCAAAAUUGGCAAAGGCAUUAAAACCAUUUGCCGAAGAAGAAUUUAUCAAGGAGUGUAUGUUAGAAGUUUGCGGUAUUUUGUGUCCUGAAAAGAAAAAUGAAUUUGAAAAAAUUAGUUUGUUAAGACGAACUGUUGUUCGUCGUAUAGAAAUGAUGGCUAAUAAUAUAAAAACAACAUUGACUGACCGUAUAACUGGUUUCGAAUCAUUUUCCAUAGUAUUAGACGAGAGUACCGAUUUGUCUGACACAGCUCAACUGGCUAUAUUUAUUCGAGGUGUUGAUAAGGAGUCCACUGUUACAGAGGAAUUGCUUGCUUUACAGCCGCUAAAAGGAACCACUACAGGAGAGGAUAUUUUUAUUGAAGUUCAAAAGGUAUUCACAAGUUUUGGCUUGCCACGGUCAAAAUUAUUUGGAGUAUGCACUGAUGUUGCACCUUCUAUGGUCGGCUUACGUAAAGGUUUCAUCGGAAUUUUGAAUGAAAAAGCAACAUAA